UUCAACGAUUACUUGUACCAGUGAAAUCAAGAGGAACAAUAAGCCUGAGAAAUAGAAAUACGAUGAACAUCAUCGAAAUUGUACGCUAUUUUCAACAAGGAUGUUGACAAAUCUCGUGAAGUUGAGACGUCGUCGUAGAAGGCUGUCGAAACGAGCGUCUUUCAAGGCGGUCGAGAACGUGAAAAGGGUUGCACAAAAUGUGAAGAAGAAGGAGACCACGGUGUGUGACAGGGAACUUCUGAGGAACAAGAAUCUGUCAAUCAUGACAGACAAGGAGCCGGAUUUGUAUUUAGCAAGGAAAGUCACUGGGACGUAUUUAAAGAAGGAGAGGAGUUUCGACGAUUAUGUGAUUGUGGGGAACAAUGAAAUGCCUGUGACACCGUUUACGAAGAAUGCAAAUGAUAAUAGUGAUUCAGAAAACAUAGAGACGCGUAUCGUGUCGGGGAAAAACCACAGCCCAAGGAACAGCAGCUGGUACUCGAAGCUAAGAUCGCAGAUUCUGAAAAGUCUGCGGAACAAGGUGUAUCCUUGCGUGAUAACAGGAAUGCAAGAGACUGAUGGGGGAUUUUUCGAAAAUCUCGGGACACUAUUGGCCGAGAAGGUGCGAGCACAGGAGCAGGCGGAGGGACCGCUUCCGAAGAAGAGAGAUGAGGCUGAGGAAGAGGAAGAAGGGGACGAUUUGAGCGAGGAAGGUAGCAUCGAAGAAGCUGUCGAGGCACUUUUGGAGACUGACAGCGACAGGGAUGAGAAUGAGCACACCGCGAAUUUUAUGAUCGAGUCUAUGGGGUGGAACAUCGAGGAGCUGUACGCUGCUCUCGUCUUCAUGACCCAACACCAGAUCGGCUACGACGUUUCUAACGAAUGUGGCUUGGAGACUCUGUUGAAUCACCUUCAGAAUGCGUUCAAAGUGGACAACGAGAUGCACGAGAGGGUGCUGGAUGAGACGAGAAACAUGGAGCCGCCAGAAAUGCACUUAAACGUCGAGGUGAUAGAGGCUAAGGAGCUCGUGUCGAAAGACUCCAAUGGCAAGAGCGAUCCUUUCUGCGCCCUCUACCUCGAGUCUGCCCCUACGAGGAGGUACAGCACUGCCGUAAAAACGUCCACGCUGAGCCCCGUGUGGGAGGAACAUUUCGAACUCCCCCUGGAGGAUCCAGAAAAUGAUGUACUCUUCUUAGAAGUGUGGGAUUUCGAUGCUGCCGAAACUGUUCCUGAGAAGAUGAGUAAAGUUAAGGACGUGAAGGGUGUUCGAGGACUGGUGAAACUUGCCAAAGAGAUUGCGGUUACUGCCACGACUGGUAGCCAUGAUAACGAAUUCAUUGGUCGCUGUAGAAUACCUCUCAAGGACAUACCAACGACAGGCCAUACGAUGUGGUACGGCCUCGAGAAGAAGAAUAAAACGAAGCGGCGUGGCGUGGUGAAACUGAGACUAGCCUUCAGCGCGGAGCACAACGCACAGGUGGCUAGCCAGGAGUACAGACACCUGAUCAGGGUGCUAUUGUUGUACGAAAUAGAGACGGGGAAGAUAGAGAAAUACUGCUGGUCUGGUCGAUGGUCAGCGCCAGCCGAGGUUCUCCUUCUUCAGCACAGCGCCCAAAGAGGAUUACUGAACAGAAAUAUCGUGCUGGCCCAAUGGAUAGAGUACGCCAGGAUCCACCAGGAACAUCCACUAAACUUCACUGUGUUCAAUAAAUUAAUAGUCGAUCUUCUCAAGCCCAUGGAGGGUGGUCUUUUCUCCGUGGAUGAGAACAGACUCUUCUGGGACGCCACGAAGAAGUUGUUAUACUCGUGCCUGAACAGUAUUCGCAAGAUCAGGAGGCUCAAUGUUGCAGACAAGAACACUUCGGCCCAGUUGUCUGCCAUUUUAGGAAUACUGUCGUCCAUUUCAUUCCUCAAAAUACCCGAGGAUGUGAACCUGUUCCCUGCCAAGAUGUACCCCUGGUUCCCCGACCCAGAUGAGAAGCUGAGUGUUCUUCAGGCUUUGGAGUACACGGUUGAGCAAGGUGGUGUCGAAUGGUUCGAUCAUAUAGUGAAGAACAAUGCUCCAGAAACCGAGUCUGACGAAGAUGCGUUGAAGUACCAUAUUAAAGUGAUUCAACUUGUCAGGGUGGAUUUACAAAAUGCCAUUGACAAUUUCGAUAAGAAGUUUAUCAAACGAGUCAAUUUUCCCUAUGCGAGAUGUCUAUAUGUGAUGUACGAGAAAAGGAUCAGCGACAUGUGCAUGAUUAUUAUAGAGGAUGUUUGUGGUAGAUUGAAGAGGAUCGAUAUUGGAAACACCGAUGUUGAACUGAAUCUAGGAACAACUUUGUUCGAGUUGUAUCUUGCCUUACAGAGAUACGCUAUGCUCGGUCAAGUACUCUGUGCCGAGGGGGAGCUCGAAAGGAUGAAGGUGCAGAAUUACUACGACUGGUUCAGAGGUGGCGUUGCACACUGGCUCGAUAUAGCAGUAUACAAAGCCCUGAAGCGAAUUGACAGAGCUGUAGAGUUCGAUACCUUGGAAGCAGUCGAUAACACGGUUCAAUACAGCUCCAGUGCCGUGGACACAUUGACGAUAUUCUAUCAAAUCAAAGUAUUUUGGACACAACUAGCUUGGCCAGACGUUGAAGGCUCUUACACUUUCAUCGCCAAGAUCAUUGACGACAUCUGCAAAUGCUCAAUUGCGUAUGCGGACAAAAUGGCGAAGAAGGCAGAACUGACCACGGAAUUGGAACAACUGUCAGAGAGCAGCGUGUACGAGAAAAAGUUCCUAGUUUCGACUGCAUGGUGUUUCGCGAUCAAUAAUAUCGAUUACAUCAGAACGUCGAUCGAACCGCUAGCCAACGAUUUGGGUCUCCAAAGCAUCGUGGACAUUCUGGCAGAGAAGAAAACGCAAGAAGAGGCCGACAGGUGUCAGCAGACGCUACAAUUGAUCAUCCUCAACGCCACUGAUACCGUGAGAAACAAGAUUCUAGAACUGUUGCAGGUCGUCGCGGAUAAAAUGUCCCCAGCUAUGAACAGGUACCUCCUGGAAGGUGCAGAGUUGAUAGACACGACCAGUAAUUCCAUGGAUCGACUUUUACAAUAUCUGGAGAGUAAUUUAACCACGUUGCACGACAAUCUUAACGAGGACAACUUCGAAAGGAUCCUUCUCGUGAUUUGGGACCUAAUAUCAGAAAACUUGUACCAACUGGUGCACAGUAACUUGGAGAAAAGGAGGCCACCGUCGUUCUAUUCCAACCUUCAUCGUACUCUAGACACCCUCGUUCAAUAUUUCAACAUUGGAGCAGACGAUGCCACGAAUGUGAAGGUUUUGGAGAAAAUUGAACACCUUUUGGAGCUUCAUGGUCUGGAGACAGCUGAACUGAUACAUCGUUACCAUCAGGAGAGAAUAAAGGAGCAGAACGAGUUGGAAGAUUCCGAAUACGGACAGAUCACUGUCAAGGCGCAGUUCUUGGAUAAUUCUUUGAACAUUCAGAUACUGAACGCGAGGAAACUACGACCGGUUGACAGCAAUGGCGAAUUGGUAGGCAGGGUGUCCACUCUCAAGCGCAAGCUUCAUACAAAAUCUAAACAAAGACUGAAAGAAUGGAAGACAAGUAGCUGCGAUUCGUAUGUGAAGGUGAGGCUACUUCCGGAAGAAAAGUUUACCGACGUGAAACUGCCUAAAACACACGUGCAAAAGGAGAACUUGUAUCCGCUGUAUGACGAAAUCUUCAACAUUCCUCUAACGAGCGAACAAAGGGCCACAGAAAAUGCGAUCAUAGCCUUCGAAUUGAAAGACAAAGACUUUCUUCGAUCGAGAUUCAUGGCAGAAGCUUUUCUGCCGUUCAGCGAAGUUCCUGAAACGAGACCAGAUCAAAGAAUCGAGUCUCUCGACCAAAUUCACUUGAAGCUAUCACGUCCGACGAGGAAAAGUACGGACAUAAUCCAGGCACUGGAACACAGGAAGGGAGACAACCAGGCGACAGAGUUCUUAUCCAAGCUCAGUUCUAAAGCUGAACGAAAAUAAUCGUUAUCAUUCGCCGGAAAAGCGACUGAAUUUGUUAACUACGUCAUGCGACAGCGAAACAACGUUCUGCGUAUCGAACGUGGGUGCUAUCGAGGAUAAAAACCACGAUAUUGUUAAUUUAUAUCGUUCACGCGAUUAACUUGAUAAGUCAUUAGACUUUUUCAAUUACGAGUGUUCUACAACGAACUAUUUUUGCAAUUAAUUUAUCAGCAGCUAUUUUACAGCUCGAACCACGUAACACGCAUUUCAUGAAAUUUUUCAUCGCACACACAAAGUCACUCGAAAUGUUUUUCGCUAUUUCGAGAAUCGCAUUAUGGAUUACAAAAUUUGUAAGUCGAUUCGAUUAAUCUUUCACGAGUCGACGUGCUCUUCCAUAACGAAUCGGUUCAACCUCAAGAAAGGGAGUGCAUGAAAGGCAUCGUUGAAUAAUAGACUAUUUUUUAUAAAAUUUUCACGAGUACGUUGUUUUUAACGACUAGAACCCGUUUCCAGGCUGUGUAUCGCUUCGAGUGUAGAAAAUGGAAUACUUUUCCCUCGUGAAACACGAGACGUCACACUUCGGGACUAGAAAGACUCUAAGGCUGAGUAAGUACUACUUACGAGCGAUCUAGGUAUUUAUCGUUAAGCCGGUACACGUCGCUGCAAUAAGUAUGGAAAAAAUUUCCGUACGCGA